UAAAAGAAAAGGACAUGUGCAAAGUAAGCCAUUGUUGCAGAGUGUCGUGUUGAGGAAUGUAUGUGGCCAGAAAUCCACACUCUCUUCAAUCACCAACUCGAUUUCUUCUACUUCUCUCCCUCUCUCUCUUCUUAGUUCUUUCUCUCUCUAAACGUGUAAACAACAGAUCGAUAAUUCAUAGUAGUAAUGGCAGCUAAAAAGGAUCCAAUUCCUCUGCUCACUCCCUACAAAAUGGGCGAAUUUGAUCUCUCUCACAGAAUUGUGUUAGCACCGCUAACCCGAGGGCGGUCGUACAACAACGUGCCGCAGCCUCACGCGGCGGUGUAUUACUCCCAGCGAGCAACCGAAGGCGGUCUUCUCAUUGCCGAAGCAACUGGUGUAUCUGACACUUCACAAGGGUACCGAGAUACACCUGGGAUUUGGACAAAAGAGCAAGUGGAGGCAUGGAAACCAAUUGUAGAUGCAGUUCAUCAAAAGGGUGCCAUCUUUUUCUUGCAAAUGUGGCAUGUUGGCCGUGUUUCGACUUAUGGUUUUCAACCCAACGGCCAAUCUCCGAUCUCAUCAACGAACAAGGGAAUAACACCGGGCCUUGAUGGAGUAGAUUGGGCCCCACCUAGACGACUAUCCAUUGAUGAAAUCCCUUCUAUUGUCAAUGAUUUUAGGGUCGCCGCUCGCAAUGCUAUCGAAGCAGGAUUUGAUGGAGUAGAGAUACACGGAGCAAACGGUUACUUAAUCGAACAAUUCCUCAAAAAUAAAGUCAACGACAGGACCGAUUCAUAUGGGGGGAGCUUGGAAAAUCGGUGCCGAUUUGCACUUGAAAUAGUGGAAGCAGUUGCAAACGAGAUCGGUUCUAAUAGAGUUGGAAUAAGACUAUCUCCAUACAACCGAUUUAUGGAGUCAAUCGACUCGGACCCCGACAAACUAGGCCUUUACAUGGCCAACGAACUUAAUAAGUUCGAUAUCCGAUACCUCCAUGUGAUCGAUUCGAGAGUGUAUAGUGGUGCGGGUAUCGAAGAUAAAGUUCCUCGUAAGCUACUUCCCAUGAGAAAAGCUUUCAAGAAUACUUUUAUUGUUGCUAGUGGAUACAAUAGGAGUAAGGGCAAUUUAGCCAUUUCUAAAAAUUAUGCGGAUUUGGUUGCGUUCGGACGCUUUUUUUUGGCUAAUCCGGAUUUAGUGAGAAGGUACGAGAUCGAUGCUCCUCUUAAUAUGUACGAUAGGAGCACGUUUGGCACUCCGGAUCCCGUUGUUGGUUACACCGACUAUCCAUUUCUUGAAGAAGCUAAUAACGAGUGAUUAAUAUGUAUUUAUGUACCCUGCUUUAAUUUGUAAUUGUGAAUUUCUUGUGAUUUUCCUAAAUUUUGUUAUGCUAAUUAGUUAUGAAUUACUAAGAA